AUGAGCGCGCCAGCGAAGAAGCUUAAGACUGUCAGGCCUAAGGCUCUGGCCUCGCACCCACCAGACUUGGACAUGGUGAAGGCGGCCAAGAAUAUACACGCGGUCGAGAAGGGUGUCCUGGUUGGCGUAGUCAACCACGGCAAAGUUGCGUCUAAAAGUUUCAAGUUGGGCGAGAAAAGCGCUGCUGAACACAAGCCCAAGGCACCGAAGGUUAAGGAGGCUGCAACUCCAAAGAAGCUGAAAGUGGCCAAAAAAACCCGCUAA